AUGAACGCUUUAAACAAUGGAUCGCAUACAGACCAUCCAGAAACAAAUGCUCUAGACAUCAGUAACAUUCCUCCUAUUCAAAGAAACCCAUUCAUGUUUGUACUUCAAGGGACAGCUGGUGCAGCUUUUGCUGGUGCGAUAGGAGGCAUGGCUUCAGGGUAUAUCCGGGCUAAUAAUCUUGCAGCUUCUGCCUUUGGCAUGGGAUCUAAUUGGCUGAUUAUAUCUGCACCGUUUUUGACAUUGAGAGAAGGUGUGUUGCAGUUUAGGUAUUGGCAAAACGAGAGAAAUGGUGUUCAUUCGUUAUUACGCAAAGAUGCCGACGACAAAAUUGCAUCUACCACUGCUGGGAUGAUCACUGGUGCCGGACUUGGAUGGAUGUGGCGCGGCAGUGCAGCCGCUCCAACUGGUGCUAUUAUGUAUGGUCUAAUAGCGUACACGAUCCAAUCUGGAUUAAGUAUGGCUCGCAACUAUCGGCUAGACAAGGCAGCAGAGUUGUAUCAGAAGCGUCACCAACUCAAUCUGAAAGCGGGCUACACAGGAUCUGAUUUGACAGCGCUGCAUACCGAAGAGAUUGGACGGCCAAUAUGGUGGAAAGUAUUAUGGCGUAACAAAAAUGACGACAUGUCUAUGCAGGCCAGACCAGAUCCGAACUGGGAUCCUUUGGGAUCCGCUGCUCAAUGGAUUUUUACUCAAAUUCGAACUCGCAUCGACUUUGGCCCUGAAUCCAGUCCCUUUUUGAAUGCAUUUGAUCUCAGGUAUCGAAAAGUGUUGAACGCCAAACUCGAUAUCUUGCAAGCUCAGAUAUCGUUGUUGAAAACUGAGAUUUAUAAUUUGGAACAAGUUACUGGUUGCAGUGUCGCACCCACCGUGUCUAAUUCAAACAAGACUGAAAAUGCAUAA